AUGUUCAGACUUACAGCCGAUAACGAGCAUAACCUACGCAACGGCUUGCCUUGUUCAGCGUUUCCGAAUAUUAUUCAAGAAGCCCUGCAGGUGGUGAAGGCGCUAUCAAUACGGUAUCUCUGGGUGGACAGCUUGUGUUUGAUGCAAGACAAUGUCCAGGAGUUGCACAGUGAGUUUCAACAGAUGGGCAGAAUCUACGCUGGAGGUAGCGUUAAUAUUGCAGCGGUCGUUGGCGACCCCGACCACCUGUUCUUCAGCCGCUACAGCGUCGGCUGUGGCCCGCUAUCCACUCUAAUCACCGAUGGUAGCCUCAGAUCCGAAUCCAGAACCAGGAUUCUUGACCGGGCCCACUGGGAAGAUGGUGUCGAGAAUGCAGCCCUACUUCGCCGCGGCUGGGUAUAUCAGGAAAGGCUUCUGGCACGCCGAACUCUCUUCUUUGGGGCGCAACACAUCUUCUGGGAGUGUGCUGGUGGUCGGCGGAGUGAGCUUUAUCCAGAGCUUUGCUCACAUUCGGACAGGGCGGUAUUCGAGGAUUCUUCACACAUGUAUUCUGCCCAUGACAAAUCACUCGUGCCGCUACGAGCACGACUGCAACUGCACAAAGAUUCAACCCAUGAGCCUCUCAGCAAGAAUCAGCAGUCUGUUGCUCUCAGAACGAACACUUGGCACCGGGUGCUUUGUAAAUACACCAGCUUGGACUUGACGUACCCGGACGACAAGCUCCAUGCAAUCAAUGGUGUCGUUUCAAGAUACUCUCAGAUCACUGGCUAUCACUGGAUUGCCGGUCUAUGGCAGGAGCUGCUACCGCAAGCAUUGCUGUGGUCUGUCUUCAGAACCGCAGCGCCGCGGCCAGAAACGUCCCUCAGGUAUCCGUCCUGGUCAUGGGCCUCCAGCGAUGGCCUCGUGAACGACUUAUCCAUCUUCAACGACCAUCUUGACCGUGUUGUUGCGAAGUCUGUAUCCAUCGGAUGCAGAAAACCUCAGCAUCGGUCUGACCAGAAAUCUCUGGAGGGUUACAUCAAGAUCAAGGCGUCGGGGGUGAGACUGUUACGAGAUUCUGGAAACAAGGCACUUGGAAUUGCGUCUAACGGCGCCGUUUGGUGUGUCCAAUCAUCGAGCGACCGCGCUACAGAGGCGAUACCGGGACACCCGUUAACUUAUACUACCUACAACACCAUCAGAAGAUGCUGGUCAUCUGCAUGCCAAGUAUUUCCUUCAGGCUACACCGGGGUGAUAAUAGCAAGCAGGACUACAGCGAAAUCCCUCAAGGGACGUGCGAAUGAUCUCGGAAAUCGAUACUGGGGCCUGCGCGGCCUGAUCCUCCGUCAAAUCCAGGACGAUAGACCCAACAUACACGCGCAGAUCUUCCAGCGAGUCGGGCGAUUCGAUUUGUGGAUGGAUCAUGAUUCGGUUCCAGACUGCGUGAGGCCAGAGCUCUUCAGCCUCGCAAACUACGGCCAGCCGCCCGAGCCCUUCGACUUUGAUGGAGCGGACUAUCUCCAGGAAUACACCAUCGUCUGA